AUGGACCCUCAAUCGCCAAUACCUGAACAGUGCAAAGCCGGAGUCGUUUCCAACAAUGGCCCUGACUACCAGCUGACGGUUGAAGAUGUCCCUGUGCCAACGCCAGGCCCUGACCAACUACUGAUUAAACUUAAUGUGACCGGGCUAUGCUACAGUGACAUUCAUUAUAUGUUGGAAGAUCUGCCCCUUCCGCGAAUGCGCGAUUACGGCGUUCGAUCUCCAGGCCAUGAGGGUGCAGGCAUCGUAGUCGCUCUUGGUUGUGAUGUGAAUGGGUGGAAGCUAGGGGAUCGAGCUGGAAUUGCGCCCACUUGGGAUACUUGUAUGAGCUGCGAUUUGUGCUCUUCUGAGCUGGAAUGUCAUUGCUCGCAUGCUGUGCCGACUGGAUUGAAGGUUUCUGGCACAUAUCAACAAUAUAUCGUCAGCCCAGCACGAUACACAACCCCCAUUCCGAACGGCGUUGACGAUUUCUCCGCCGGCCCCAUCAUGUGCAGUGGAUCAACCAUGUUCAGAGCACUCCGAGAGUCAAACCUACGUGCAGGCCAAUGGGCAGUGAUAGUGGGAGCCGGCGGCGGAGUAGGACAUAUGGGGGUGCAAAUAGCGAAAGCAAUGGGUCUGCGGGUCAUUGGCAUCGACGCAGGUGAAGACAAAGAAACUCUUUGUGUCAAACUCGGCUGCGAAGCCUUCAUAGACCAUCAAAGGUCUACCAAUCUGAGCCAGGAUGUACGCAAUAUAGCCGAUGGGAAAGGUGCACACGGUGUACUUGUGACCGCAUCAUCUGCUGCUGCAUACCGUGUAGCGCCUCAUAUGCUUCGUGUGGGAGGUGUAGUUGUUUGUGUUGGUAUGCCUGCGUCUGGCACAGCAUUUGCAGGGGAUGAUCCCAUGUAUCUGAUCCUGAAUAACUUGAAGGUCGUGGGCUCUCUCACGGGGUCACGUCAGGAUACGGCUGGAGCUUUGUCGCUGGCUGCGCGGGGGUUGCUUAAGCCGAUGUAUGAGUCGUUCAGUUUACAGGAAUUACCAAAUGCAGUGAGCCAACUAAGGCAGGGGAAGGUUAGAGGGCGCUGUGUUGUGGAUUUUAAUGUCUGA